AUGGAUGUUCAGCAGCUGUUUAAAAACCUAAAGAAGGAAGCGGAGUGUCCGCUAUGUUCAGAAACUGUCAAAGAACCCAAAACACUUCCAUGUUUGCAUUCGUUCUGUUUAAACUGCCUCGACAAACAUGCUGGACAUGCCAGAAGACGGCGAAAAGAGAAACUAAAAUGUCCGGUUUGCCCGACUGAAUUCAACGUUCCAAAAGGUGAUACCUUUUCAGAUUUUCCCACAUCCUUUCAUCUCAAUCGAUUGGUGGAUGUCCUUGCUAUUAAUGAUAGCGAUGCAGACAUGCAGACAUGCAAUAGCUGCGACGAUAGCAGCGCUGUUACUUCGUAUUGUUUUGUUUGUCAAAGCUUUUUAUGUGCAGCUUGUUUUGACGCACAUCAACGCCUGAGGGCUACGAGAGGUCACCGAAGUAUAUUGUUCGAGAAAUUGCAGGCACAAGAUGUCGAAGAAUUGAUGCAUCGACCUGCGAUGUGUACCCAGAAAUAUCACCAAAACGAAGCGCUCGAGUAUUACUGUCAAGAUUGUAAGGUCUGUGUCUGUGUGAAGUGUGGAUUGGUAAAUCACAACGGCCAUGCUUUGGUGGAUAUCGAAGGAGCCGCGGGUGAAUGUAGGAACCAAAUUACCGAGGUCGUGGGGAAAGCAAAGGCACAAGUCUCCGUCCUCGAAAGGCGAGUGAGUAGACAAACUGAAUUUAUGAAUAAGAGCAUAGCUCAAAUGUACGACGCUCAAGCCAAAGUGACAGAAGUCGUUGAUGAACUUGUGAGAAUUUUGAGGGAACAUGAAGAGGCCAUGAAGGCAAAGUUGAGACAACUUGUUGAGACACAACAAAGGAACCAUAAGGGACAACUAGAAGUCUUCCAGUCAGCCAUUUCCCAACUGAAAAACUGUAUUGAACAAGGAGAGGGCAUCGUACAGAGAAACUUUCCUGUUGAAAUUUUGCAAACGGAGCGGUCAAUCAUCGGUCGCGCUAAAGAACUUUUGAAUGUAUCAGAAAUAAAGAUUUACCAACCCAGUGUUGUUAAAUUUGUUCCAAAUACAGAAACUUUAAAUACCAUUAAGUUAAAUGGCUCCGGUCAAAUUUAUGCAAGUCGUACUGACGCCUCCCUAUCGACGGUAAACUAUGGUAACGACUCAAGGUUAAUUUUCAAAACAGGCAGCGAAAUCUGCUUUCAAAUAACUACAAGAGAUUUACUUGGAGAUCAGACUUACAACAAAGAUGACCGAGUGAUCGCAGAAAUCGUCAAAUCAUCAGGAUGCCGCGAAAAGGCGAUAAUUAAAGAUCUUGGAAACGGAAACUAUGAAGUUUGUUGCACACUGAAACAACUUGGGCAUAAUAAGGUUGCGAUCUACAUUAAUGAAAUGCUAGUGGCUGAUAGCCCCUGGGAAGUGGCCCCAUGGCAUGUUGCCUAUAGCAUCGCCCAGUGUAGAAAAACUGGGAACAUAGCAGUGGCUGACUAUGACAAUAAGAAAGUGCUUCUGUAUGAUUCGAUGUUAAAUUACCUAAGAACUAUAGUGGAUUUUGGACCAGACCGAAGACCAAGAUGUCUGGCAUUCACAAACUUCUUUCUUGCUUCCAAUGUUAUUGUCAUACAUGAGGAUACCUCGCUGCAAAGUAAAAUUUCAGUUUUUACCCCACGUGGCUACUUCUUCAUGGGCAUUGGUGCGGAAUUUUUGACUAAUCCUUGCAGUGUCUCCGUCAAGAAUGAUGGUCAAAUAAUAGUGUGUGACUCGGGUGACAGAUCAGUCAAGCUCCUCUCUCCUGACGGGACAAAAUUGUUGAAAUCCUUCAAAGCAAAGGACGGUGAUGCAUCUCCGUGGUUUGCUGUUCACGAUCAGAAAAGAUAUUUUGUGUCGUACCGCAUUGGUCAAAGUGUGAAGGUUUUCAACGAAGAUGGAGUUUAUUUACACGAUAUCGGUAAAUUCGAUGCUCCAGCCGGCCUAGCUAUCGACAAAUUUAGUAACCUAAUUGCGUGUGAUUCCGAUGCCAAAUCUGUUAAAGUCUUUACCUUCAAUGGAGAGUUUGUUACCUCGCUUCCAGCUGGGAAAUACCUAGAAUGCCCCUGCUCUGUUGUUGUUUCCAACAACGGCGACGUCCUACUUACGGAUUUGACAACUGGCCUAAUUUUCACAUUUCAUCGCGAGUCUAAAUACCAACUCCACGAGAAAAAGUACUUGAUUUCGUGAGAA